UCAAGAUUUCGCAGAUGCUGGGCAUGAAAGCAGAACGAAUUCUCUACAGAAGCACAUAAAGAGUAACUCUGGUUAAACUCUGCAGGAAUGGAGCUCAGUUCUGAUCUCAUGGAAGUCCUGAUCUUAUUCAUGAGUAGUUUUCUUCAGACAUCUGCAGUCACACACUCUCUGCAGUACAUCUACACUGCAGUUACACCAGGAAUAAAUUUCCCAGAAUUCACCAUUGUGGGUCAGGUGGAUGGACAGCAGUUUAACUACUACGACAGUAAGAUCAGGAGCAUGAUCCCGAAGACGGAGUGGAUACUGAAGAAUGAUGCUGAAGAUCCAGAGUACUGGAACAGAAACACACAGAUUGCUCACGGUUCUCAGGAGGUCUUCAAAGUAAAUGUGGGUACACUAAUGGGUCGUUUUAACCAGACUAAAGGAGUUCAUACACUGCAGCUGAUGUAUGGCUGUGAGCUGGAUGAUGACGGCACCACUAGAGGAUACACACAGUACGGUUAUGAUGGAGAAGAUUUCAUUGUCUUUGAUCUGAAGACUCUGACCUGGAUCGCUCCGACACCUCAGGCUCUGAUCACCAAGAACAAGUGGGAUUUUAAUCCUGGUCAUAAUAAUAACUGGAGGAACUACCUGGAAAACACCUGUAACGAGUGGUUAAAGAAGUAUGUGUCUUACGGGAAAGAGCUUCUGGAGAGGAAAGUUCGUCCCGAGGUGUCAGUGUUCCAGAAACACUCUCCUUCUCCAGAGGUGGUGUGUCACGCUACAGGUUUCUUCCCCAAAGCAGUGAUGAUCACCUGGCAGAAGGACGGAGAGGACUUGUAUGAGGACGUGGAGCUCAGUGAGACGUUACCCAACCAGGAUGGAAGCUUCCAGAAGAGAAGCAUUCUAAAAGUCCCAGCUGAGGAGCUGCAGAAACACACCUACACCUGUGUGGUUCAGCACAGCAGCUUGGAGAAGGAGUUAGUGCGAGAAGUACCAAAAGGCACACACUCUCUGCAGUACAUCUACACUGCAGUUACACCAGGAAUAAAUUUCCCAGAAUUCACCAUUGUGGGUCAGGUGGAUGGACAGCAGUUUAACUACUACGACAGUAAGAUCAGGAGCAUGAUCCCGAAGACGGAGUGGAUAGAGAAGUUGGUGGGAGAAAAUUACUGGAGCAGUGAGACACAGAUCAGUCAGGGUACUGAGGAGACCUUCAAAGUCAAUGUGGGUGUACUAAUGCAGCGCUUUAAUCAGACUAAAGGAGUUCACACAGCACAGCUAAUGUACGGCUGUGAGCUCGAUGAUGACGGCACCACUAGAGGAUACACACAGUACGGUUAUAAUGGAGAAGAUUUCAUCAGCUUUGAUCUGAAGACUCUGACCUGGAUCGCUCCGACCCCUCAGGCUCUGAUCACCAAGAACAAGUGGGAUCCUAAUACUGGUUUUAUUAAGGGCAUGGAGAACUAUCUAAAAAACAUCUGUAUUAAGUGGUUAAAGAAAUACCUUUCUUAUGGCAAAGAGACCCUGGAGAGAAAAGUUCGUCCCAAGGUGUCAUUGUUCCAGAAACACUCUCCUUCUUCAGAGGUGGUGUGUCACGCUACAAGUUUCUUCCCCAAAACAGUGAUGAUCACCUGGCAGAAGGACGGAGAGGAUGUGCAUGAGGACGUGGAGCUCAGAGAGACGUUACCCAACCAGGAUGGAAGCUUCCAGAAGAGAAGCAUUCUGAAAGUCCCAGCUGAGGAGCUGCAGAAACACAACUACACCUGCGUGGUUCAGCACAGCAGCUUGGAGAAGGAGUUAGUGCGAGAAGUACCAAAAGGUCCUAAUAAACUAGCGCUGUAGAAAGUGAAAGCUGAUUUCUUGCUGCAGCAGAUAAUAAAGUUUUAUUUCUAAUAAA